CAGGGAGUGUGAAAAGAGUAGGCAGGAGAACUCCAAUUUUGUGACGUCUUGGGGGUUCUCUAGGCCGGGACAGUAUGUUGUUUUCGCAAGCGCCAGUUGCUGGGCGGCCGGCACAGCGUGCCGGCCGGACGUCAGCGCCAUACCGUUUCACUAGGAUAUGCCCGACACGGACUCUGUGCCAGUCACGGCCGGCGGCGCCGGCUGCCGCCGCUGCGGAGCGCUUUGAUGCGCAAGUUUGCGUUGUGCUCGGUACCCAGUGGGGUGAUGAGGGCAAGGGUAAACUUGUCGAUAUCCUUGCGCAGCAGUAUGACAUCGUAGCCCGUGCUCAGGGUGGCGCCAAUGCUGGCCACACCAUCUAUGACGAUGCUGGCAACAAGUAUGCGCUGCACUUGGUGCCUUCCGGCAUAUUAAACCAGAAGGCGACUUGCGUGAUUGGCAAUGGCGUGGUGCUGCACUUGCCUGGCCUCUUCGAGGAGAUUGCAAACUUGCAGAAGAAGGGCAUCAGCGUUGGGGACCGAUUGAAAAUCUCGGAUCGCGCGCACCUGCUCUUUGACUUGCACAAGGAGAUCGAUGGCCUGCGCGAGGCGGAGCUCGCCGGCAGCGGCAAGCAGAUUGGUACCACGAAGCGGGGCAUCGGCCCGGCUUACAGCUCGAAGGCAACCCGCAACGGACUGCGAGUAUGUGACCUGCGAAAGCUUGACUCAUUCGCCGAGAAGCUUAGAAAGCUGUCGAUGGAUGGGAGCAAGCGCUUUGGCUCGGGCUUUGAGUAUGACGUGGAGGCAGAUAUUCAAAAGUACCACGAGCUAGCGCAGAAGGUACUGCCGUUCGUGACGGACACCGUUGAGUUCCUCCACACGGCGCACGACGAGGGCAAGCGCAUUCUGAUUGAGGGCGCCAACGCCACCAUGCUUGACGUGGACUUUGGCACCUACCCCUACGUCACCUCCUCCAACCCCUCCGUCGGCGGCAUUGCCACCGGCCUUGGUCUGCCGCCCUCCAAGUACGAUGCCCUCGUCGGCGUGGUCAAGGCCUACACCACCCGUGUGGGCGCCGGGCCAUACCCCACCGAGGUGUUUGGCGAGCUGGCUGAGGGGCUCCGAGAGAUCGGGCGGGAGUACGGCACCACCACCGGGCGCCCGCGCCGCAUCGGCUGGAUGGACAUUGUGGCCCUGCGCUACACGUGCCGCAUCAACGGCCUCACGCACCUCAACAUCACCAAGCUGGAUGUGCUCAGUGAGCUGCCGGAGAUCAAGAUUGGUGUGGGCUACAAGACGAAGGAGGGGCAGGUGCUGCGGUCGGUGCCGGCGGAUCUGGAGACCCUCGAAAACGUGGAGGUGGUGUACGAGACGCUGCCCGGCUGGCAGUCGGACAUCUCGGCUGUGCGGGACUGGAAGGACAUGCCGCAGGCGGCCAAGGACUACGUGCAGCGCAUUGAGGACCUCAUAGGCAUCCACUGCAAGUGGAUUGGCGUGGGCCCCGGCCGCGACGCGCUCGUGGUGAAGCCCGCCGUGGGCAAGUGCUAAGCGGCAGGCGGACUGGAAGCUACACCUGCCACCUGCCAUGCUAGUCUGCUUGCAUGCAGUUGUUUGAUAGCUGCAAGCGAGGUUUCACUGGCGGUUGACCUCUUUCCUGACGGCUAGUUCUUGGCGUCCUCGGUGUGGACGCCGGCAGUAACUCAUGACUUCCUCACUACUUACGGAAUGUGCAUGAGCUUUUGCACGUGCGCGACGCUUUGGAGGGAUGCUUGGUUGUGGUGUGCAGGACGGAGCAGCGUAAGCUCAGGCAGGUGUGUCCUACGCUUGUUGCGCUGUGGAAUUCUGCCGGGUCCCUUAUGACCAGGCCGAGAGCCCCUUGGAGGCGACCUGCGGAUGUAGCAUGCUGGCACACAAGCGCGCGCGGAGUCAGAAAGGAUCUUUGGAUUUUAGUGCCUUAUUACUAAUCGGGGCGGGUGCAGCUGGCGCGCGUGAACUCUCCCCCACCCCUGGUCUUAGUACGGUUGGCGCUCGGCUUUACUUCAGCGCCCCCCUUUCCCCCCGAGCGCUUUAGACCUCUGCUUUUCUAGGUUGGUAUACAGGGCUCCUGGUGUGGUUGCCUGGUUGUCGUGUGGUGGCGGCAGGUCAUUGUUUUUGUGUUUAGCAUGUCGGCUGCAUGGGUGACGGCGAAAGGAUAUUUUAAGACGGUGGCUAAGCUGACUGGGUCGUAUCAGCGCCUCUUCUGCCACUCAUGACGUUUACUGGGUUUACUGGGGUGUUCGCUUCCAUGGGUGUUUGUUGGGUCGCUAAAUCGUCGUCACGGUUUACUCGAUGAGAUGCAGAGUGCAUUUGGACGCUUUCUGACACGGCGGAGGAGGAGUUUCCCUGGUAUAGUCAAGGAAGAGGUAGUUCUCCUCUUUGUUUCCCUGGCGUGCGGCGUGCGCGUUGGCAAAACUGCGGUCUUUUCCUCGCGCUUGCCAGUAACCGACCAGCUACCCAUGCCGUUUGCUGCUCGGUUUGGGAGUAGGUGUUGGUUUGACUGUUGAGCUAUUCCGGACAAUGUUUUUGGCACUGAUAGGAACGUUUUACGUCGGGGUACUUGUUUUAUGUUUUGAGGCGAUGGACCCCUUAUCGGAUUGUACAAUAUGAACCGCGGCGGUUCUGUAGGGCUGCGAUAUAAGGGCUGCAUACACUGCACAGCCCGUCGCAGCUUUAUGUGGGUUAUACGAUGGUUGGCGAACCAUGUUAGGGCCUUUUUACGGAGGACCUCCGGCGUUUCUAUGUAUCAUGUGCGCCUCUUGAGGCAGCUUUGUACUGCAUUCUAAAGGCGGCAUGGAAGCGCGCGUGGAAACUCCGCUCCAAAACCGUGUAUUCUCUCCAUCUCUGUG